AUGGGGACCCUGGACCGCCAGAAAGAUGAACAAGUCCCCGGGGCGCCUGCCGUCCGCGGAGCGCCCGCCGUCCUGGCCGCGGGCCCUGGCGCGGGCCCCGCCCCCGCCACGGGCCCGGGCCCCCGUCGGAGGCCCGUCACACCUGCCGCCAAGCGCCACCGCUGCCCCUUCCCGGGCUGCAACAAAGCCUAUUACAAGUCGUCGCAUCUGAAGUCCCACCAGCGCACCCACACGGGUGAGCGCCCUUUCUCCUGCGACUGGCUCGACUGCGACAAGAAGUUCACGCGCUCCGACGAGCUGGCCCGCCACUACAGGACGCACACGGGAGAGAAGCGCUUCUCCUGCCCCCUCUGCCCCAAGCAGUUCUCCCGGAGCGACCACCUGACCAAGCACGCCCGCCGCCACCCGGCCUAUCAUCCCGACAUGAUCGAGUACCGGGGGCGCCGUCGCACCCCCCGCGUCGAAGCGCAACCCGCCAGCCUGGCGGACAGCUCCGGCUCCGUCCCCGGCCAGGCGCCGCCCAACCUCACCAGCAGCCUGUCUGACAGUCAUUGCUUUUAGUCGCCCCCUCCAGGAUGAUUCCCCCGCCCCCCCCCACCCCCCCAGGCCGUUGCCCCCUGCCUCCUCUCUGCCCAUCCCUCUUUCCCAGAGUCGUUAGCCCAAGGCACAGACUGGUUCCUCCGCUCUGAGGGUGGGUCCAGGCAGGCGUGUUGGACCCUGGGGAGGGACUGGGGGCCUGAAAAUAACAGGAAUUCUUACAACACGUAUAUCAUCCUAAAAGGGGGGGUUGCCUCAAGACAGCCCCCAGGAACUGGUGAGAAGGGGUGAACCCCGGUACUCUUCCCCGAGUCCUGAAGAUUCUCCCUUCCCUGGAAGCAGAGAUGUGAAACUGGAAUUCUCAGGUGCCUGAGGAGCUCCCAGUCUUAAAGGACUCUGGUGUCUUACCCACCCACCAGGGCGGACCUUGGCGAGGGGAUCACGGGUGGCAGUCCAGGACUGGGGUGGUGAGAGGCCUUUGGAAACAGAAAUGAUUUCUAUUUCUGUAAACAGCAAUGUU